AUGACAACGAAACAAAGAGUAUACUCCGUAUCUAGGGUCUAUGCUGAUGUGAAUAGCAAGAAACCGACAGAAUAUUGGGAUUACGAGAACCAUAAGAUAGGCUGGGGAGAUAUAAAGAACUACGAGAUAGUCAGCAAGAUUGGCAGGGGAAAAUAUUCAGAAGUAUUUCAAGGCAUAAAUGUAUUGAACGAUGAGCCAUGUGUUAUAAAAGUGUUGAAACCGGUAAAAUUGAAAAAGAUAUAUCGCGAGGUUAAGAUUUUGCAAAAUUUGACAGGUGGCCCCAACGUGGUGGGACUCUUGGAUGUGGUGCGCGAUGAACAAUCAAAAAUACCGGCGUUGAUAUUUGAGAAGGUCAAUAAUGUAGACUUUAGGGUGUUGUAUCCGAAGUUCACUAUUAAGGACAUUCAAUAUUACUUUACCCAACUUUUGAUAGCCUUGGAUUAUUCCCAUUCAAUGGGUAUAAUACAUCGGGACGUGAAGCCACAAAACAUAAUGAUAGAUCCAAUGAACAAAAAAUUAAGAUUAAUAGAUUGGGGGUUGGCAGAGUUUUACCACGCAGGUAUGGACUAUAAUGUCAGAGUUGCAUCGAGAUACCACAAGGGCCCAGAGUUGUUGGUGAAUUUACAGCAGUAUGAUUAUUCGCUUGAUCUAUGGUCAGUUGGAUGUAUGUUGGGGGCAAUAAUAUUCAAGAAGGAACCAUUGUUUAGAGGUGAUUCAAAUAACGAUCAGUUGGUCCAGAUUGCCAAGGUAUUGGGAACAGAGGGGUUAAUGAGUUAUGUGAACAAAUAUGGAAUCAAGCUAAGCCUGGAUUAUGACGAUAUUUUAGGCAACUAUCCUAGAAAGCCAUGGAAGUCUUUUAUAAAUAAUGAGAAUAGGUACUUGAUAAGCGACGCCGUGUUGGACUUGAUUGACAAGUUGUUACAAUAUGAUCAUCAGUUGAGGCCAACAGCAAAGGAGGCCAUGAAUCACCCAUUUUUCAAAUUACAAAGCUGA